AUGGAGGAACCAGAUCAAGAAUUUAAAGAGAUAAUUGAUAUAUUAGCAACUGAUCAACAUUCAAAGAAAAAGAAGAAAUUUGAUGAUGAUGAUAAUAACCGAGACAAUAAUGGUUGUCAGAAGAAGAGGAAAGAUGCAAAACAACGAUACAAAGAGUAUAUACAAUCAGAGCCUGAGACUGUGGUAUCAUGGUUACUUUAUUUAAUGGUAAAUGAUACUUGUACAAAUAUUAAAGAGAAAUCGGUACAAUUACUUGAUAAAUUAUUAGAUAACGAGUUUGUUGAAUCAUUGACAGAUGAAUUCAUACUGGAUGAUGUAAAGUUGGAAUCAAUUAAUUUGUUAAGGACAACUCUUUCAGAUACAUUUAGACAACACUUGUUUCAUAUGAUUGAAACACUUGCUAUUUAUUUAAUACCUAGAGGUCAUUGGGAUGAAUGGGAAUCAUCAUUGGAGAUGAUGAUUAAAAACGGAGAAGAUGGAUCACCAAUAUUGGAUAAUACAAGAUUAUUAAUUGGAAUAUUAUCAAAUUAUGACUUUGAAAAAGAGAAACAAAAGGUAUUGAUAGAUCUAAUCAACUCUUCUGGUUUUGAAAAGGACUUGUCAGAUAAACAGUAUAGAUCAUUCAUGCCAAUGUUGUUAUCAUUGCUAUCACAGAUCGACGACACGACUGAUGAUGGAGUUUUAUCGAUUGGUAUUAUUGUAACUAACCUGACUUGUACCAUUGAAAUGGCAAACAGACGUGAUAAAAUGUUUGAUUAUGGUGUUCAAGAAUGGAAGGAAGAAUUUAGUCGACAAAUCAUUGACACCUUGAUCGACGUAUUGGACAGACAUUGUGAAAAAGGUUUCAAAGAAGGAAACACUAAAAGUGGUAUCGUGGAAUGUUUGGAAAAGAUUUCUCUCAAACACUAUACAGAUUUACAAGUUGAUAGUAUAACUGUGCAUUUGGUCAAAUGGAUCAUCAAACUAAAUGAUAUUGUACUCAAAGAGUGGAUCAAUAUUGAUUCAAAGAUUGACAAUGGAAAAAACCUUUACCACUUUAACUAUGAUCAAGUACGAGGGAAUGACAUUCUCAAAGAGUUUGAAUCCACCAUCCACAAAUCAAAAGAUCAACUGUCAGUAGCUGUUUCAAUUAUUGGUAGGUUCGUAGGUUCAUUUGAAAAACGUGCUGCAGAACCAAUUUUCAACCAAUUCAACAUCUUUUUAAAUUCAAAACCAUGGAAAAUUAGAUUUAUAGCAUUGAUGUGUUUAUCUAAAUUUUGUAAUCCUCAAAAUAUUAUUAAACAAUUUGUUUUAAAAUCAGCAUUAAAAUUAACAGAUGACGAAAAUAUCAGAGUUAGAUGGGCAUCAUUACAAUGUUUAAUUCGAUUAUUAGAGUUUAGAGAAUUGAUAAUUGAUUCAAGAGAUGAAAUAUUCCAAGUGAUUGAAAAAUCAAUUCGUAAUCCAAUGGAGCGUAUAAGAAAUCGUUCCAAUGUAUUGAUUCAAUUCAUGAUUGAUAUAUUGCCAAAAGAAAUGAUGGUUGGUGACAUUUUAAGAAUAUUAUGUCAAUCAUUUGAAAUAUUACUUCAAUCACCAAAUUUAGAUGUCGUUGAAAGUGCGCUCUCAUCAAUAAUGGGACUUGUAGAACCAGUUCAAACUGGACAAGAUAGAUUUAAACCUUAUUUUGGAGAUCUUAUUAAAACUAUAUUAUCAUUUUUGGAAAAACAAAAUGCAACAAAAGGAUCAAAAGUAGUACGUAAUCUUGCAAUCAGAGCAUUUUCAAUUUGUGGUCAAAUAAUGGGCAAGAAGACAUUUUCAAAGGAUUUAAACAGGUUUAUGGUGUAUAUCAAAAAGAAUCAAAAGUCGUUUGAUUUGAUAGACUAUGUUUUCAAAAUAUCUGAUCAAUUUAUUAAAACCAUUGGUAAUGAAUCGUUUGGAGUGUAUAUACCAAUGAUUACUAGAAUGAUUAUCUUAGAGUUAGAGAUACCAUUACCAAAUCGAAAUGAAGAAUUGACUUCAUCAUCACGACAGGUUAUCAAAAGAGUCCUUUCAACAGUCGAGAAUGCAAUACUAAAGUCAUGCUUAAUCGAACAUGACGUUUUCAUCUUGUUGAAAGCUAUCACCACUGGAACCAAAGUCAUAGAAGCAGCUGGUAAUGGCGCAAUGACAUUGGAUCAAAUGGUUGUAUGGACCGCUUCAAUUGCACUGGGCGCAGCAGCACAACUUGGAAAAGAUAGGUUCUUACCAUGGGCCACGCAGGUAUUACAGGUCUUUAGCACAAGUGUCUCUGUAUACUCUGAUCAACACUUUAAUCGGUACGCAUGUCAAACUGCCAUAUCUGGUAUCGGUAAAAUCAUCAGAUACGUGCCACUGAACAUGGUGGCCAGCAAUUUAAGUGACAUCAUUCCAAAAUGGUUAAACCUGCUACCCAUCAAAGACGCUGAAGAGAGUGUCAAUGUUAUUGAUAACCUCUGUUCCAUUAUCCGUUUCUACCCCAACGAAUGUCUAGGUAAAGAAUAUCAACAUGCUGACAAACUACACAAAAUCAUCAAUUAUUAUAUGAUUUCCCAACUACAGCCUCAACAAAAAGAAUUACUCACUUCAACCUUUUCAUUGAUCAAUGAAGCAAUAAUCAUAUCAAAUUUUUAA